CAGUUACCCUUGAAAAAUGGCGGAAGCAGUUUUCCAUGCCCCAAAGAGGAAAAGAAGAGUAUAUGAGAAUUAUGAGUCUCCAUUGCCAAUCCCUUUUGGUCAGGACUGUGGUCCUAAGAAAGAAUUCAAGAUAUUCCGUGCCGAAAUGAUACACAACAAUGUAAUCGUGAGGGAUGCGGAAGAUAUUGAGCAGCUGUAUGGGAAAGGUUAUUUUGGAAAAGGUAUCCUGUCUAGAAGCCGGCCAAACUUCACAAUUUCAGAUCCUAAGCUGGUUGCCAAAUGGAAAGAUGUGAAGACAGGCAUGCCUAUAAUCACGUCAAAGAAGUAUCAGCGUAGUAUAGAAUGGGCCACAAAGCUCAUGCGAAGACAGGGGCAGGACGAGAGCACGGUGCAUAGAAUUCUCAAGGAUUACACAGAACCCCUUGAGCAUCCCGGUAUAAAAAGGAAUGAAGAAGUUCAAUUGCAUGAGGAGCUGAACUCUGAAAUGGUUUCCAAAAUGGAAGGCACAGCAGGUAGAGAGAAACUUUCUGUGGUGAAUGGGGGCUCGGGAAGGUCGAAUGAUGUGGAGGAUCCCAGCAAGCGAUCAGACUGCCUGCAGGAGGGCUCUGGGCAUGCCCCACCAUCUACAGACAGCUUGGAUGCACACGUGGUCGAGGGCCCUACACCCCUGCCCCACGUCCAUGGCGGCAAACAAGACGUUCUCCUCCCCCUGUGUGGCGCUCAGCCUGAGGACAGCAGCCAACGAGCGGGACCCAUCUGUGCCGGAGAGAAAGGACCUGAUCAUGAGUACGUGCUCGUGGAGGAAGUCGUGUGUGAGGAGAGCAAGGGGGAGGAUGCCCCAAAUGAGGAAUUGGUGCAGAAAAAGAGACUAAUAUGCAGAAGAAAUCCUUAUAGGAUCUUUGAGUAUUUGCAACUCAGCCUAGAAGAGGCCUUCUUCCUGGUCUAUGCCCUGGGAUGUCUAAGUAUUUACUAUGAGAAGGAACCUUUAACAAUCAUGCAACUCUGGAAAGCUUUCACCGUAAUUCAGCCCGCAUUCAGGACUACGUACAUGGCGUACCAUUACUUCCGAAGCAAGGGCUGGGUGCCCAAAGUGGGACUUAAGUACGGAACAGAUUUGCUGCUGUAUCGAAAAGGCCCUCCGUUUUACCACGCAAGUUACUCUGUCAUUAUUGAGUUAGUCGACGACCAUUUUGAGGGCUCUCUUCGCAGACCUUUCAGUUGGAAGUCACUGGCCGCCUUGAGCAGAGUUUCGGUUAAUGUGUCCAAGGAACUUAUGCUGUGCUAUUUGAUUAAACCCUCUGCCAUGACUGACAAAGAAAUGGAGUCACCAGAAUGUAUGAAAAGAAUUAAAGUUCAGGAGGUGAUUCUAAGCCGUUGGGUUUCUUCGCGCGAGAGGAGUGACCCAGAAGAACUCUGACAGUUCUGCCCCUGAUUUCACCAGUGGAUACUUCCUGAGUCUCCCAUGAGAAGCCACGUUUAGGGCGAGGUCAAGAGUCCUUUUAUUGUAAUUGCCCAAUAAUUUAAAAGUUUUCCAGGGCCUGGGGCUCCCAGCACCAGAAAACUGUUAGUGUUUUAAAAGAUACCAUUAGCCAGGGGAAAAAGAAGAGC